GAUCUUCACACGCAGUGAUACUAAUGCCGGCCGCACUUUGAACCAAGGUCUGCCUGUGACAGGCGGACAGUCCGCUCUGACUGUAGCCCUAUGUGUCUCUACAUGUUCGGAUGCCGGCUAUGUCUUGGCUGGUGUAGAGUAUUCUUCUGAGUGCUACUGCGCCAACGCCAUUGGGGGCACCGGUGUGCUGAUUGACGAUUCGAGCUGUAGCAUGACUUGCAACGGCAACAGCACCGAAUUCUGUGGUGGGUCCGACGCAUUGAGCGUGUAUUCUUCCAAGACCGCUCCAGACGGCUGGAAGGCCCUGGGAUGCUAUACCGACUCUGCUGGCGCCCGCACCCUUACUACUUACGAAUUCCCCCCGGGUGAUCUCACCAUUGAGAAGUGCACCACUGCGUGUGAGGGCUUCACGUACGCGGGUGUCGAGUACGGAGGAGAAUGCUACUGCGGCAACGAGUUCUCCAAUGAUGGUGGUCCGGCUCCAGACGGCAGCGCUCAGUGUAACAAACCUUGCAAUGGAAACGCUCAGGAAACCUGUGGUGGUCCCAACCGCUUGAACGUCUUCCAGGUUCUUGGAGGAGCUUCUACUACCACAACCGCGGCAUCAGCGUCUGCAACUCAAGCUGCCGCAUCAACCUCUACCAAGCCUGUCAACACCGCACUUCCUACUGGAUGGGCCUACAAAGGCUGCUACAUUGACGGAGCUAAUGGCCGUAUCAUGCUCAACCAGGAGCCAGACAGCAGCAGCAACACCGUUGAAGAUUGUGUUGCCACCUGCACUGGCCUAGGAUAUUCCGUUGCUGGUAUGGAAUACGGCGCACAGUGCUUCUGCGACGACUUCGUUCGCAAUGGUGGGGCGCUCACUUCUGAUUCGGACUGCAGCAUGAACUGUGCCGGCAAUGCGAACGAGAAGUGUGGUGCUGGUAACCGGAUGAGUGUCUACUCCGACGGACCUCUUCAGGUGUACCAGCCACCUGCGACCCAGACUCAGAAUCUCAAUGGCAGCUGGGAAUACCAGUAUUGCUUGUACGAUGAUGCUGAGGCAAGAACUUUCCCAUAUCAGCUGAUCCUCUCCGAGAACAACACUGCCAAUAACUGCCUAGCUUCUUGCCAGAAGUUCGGCUAUGAGGCUGGCGGAAUGGAGUUCGGUGACGAAUGCUACUGUGGUGAUCCUGCCGAUGUUCUACCUGGUAACCAGGAGGAUGAGGCCGACUGUAACAGUGUCUGUACCGGAAACGCGACUUACAUCUGUGGUGGCGGCGAUCGAAUCUCUUACUACAAGUGGACCGGUCCUUCUCUUACUGCGUGGAACUACGCCUCAGGUAACGCAGCUGGCGCAUAUGAAUUCUUGAUUGGCGGUGUCAUCGUUCCUCUUAUCACCACACCUGGUGUUAACGGCAAGGUCACUUUCCUCGAGAAGCACGGAACUGGUAACCCCAACGCCACUGGAGCAUACGAACUGGACAUUGCGCAACUCAACAACUUCACUGGGGCCUGGCGUGAGAUGCAUGUCAAGUCGGAUGUUUUCUGCUCUGCGGGCUUGACUCUACCUGACAAGGUUGGACGACAGAUUAACAUUGGAGGCUGGGCGAACGACGACACCUACGGUAUCCGACUCUACUGGCCAGAUGGUUCUCCCGGAGUGGAUGGAGUCAAUGAUUGGCAAGAGAAUGUCCAGGAAGUCAAGCUCCAGAAAGGCCGUUGGUAUCCUACUGCCAUGAUCAUGUCCAACGGAUCUAUCCUGGUUGUUGGAGGUGAACAAGGCUCGAACGGUGCGCCAGUGCCAUCCCUCGAGGUUCUUCCCACCGUCGGACCCUACCUCUACUGCGACUGGCUUGAGCGCACGGACCCCUACAAUCUGUAUCCGUUCCUUGCAGUCCUUCCCAGCGGAGACAUCUUUGUCGCGUACUACAACGAAGCACGUAUCCUGGACGUGGACACUCUUCAAACCAAGCGAACCCUUCCCAACAUUCCAGGCGCUGUCAACGACUUCCUCGGUGGCCGCACCUAUCCCUUUGAAGGAACUGCAGUCAUCAUGCCCCAGCACUGGCCGUACUCUGACCCCUUGACUGUCAUGAUGUGUGGUGGCUCUAUCCCUGGCCCUGAAUUUGCUCUGGAUAACUGCGUAUCAAUUACUCCCGACGUCGCAGAUGCCGAGUGGGUCAUUGAACGUAUGCCGUCCAAGCGUGUCAUCUCUUGCAUGACUGCCCUCCCCGAUGGCACUUUCGUCAUCUUGAACGGUGGCCAGCAGGGCCGUGCUGGUUUCGGUCUCUGCACGGAGCCCAACCACAACGCUGUCAUCUACGAUCCAACUGCCCAGGUCAACCAUCGCAUGACUGUAGCCGCCAACACGACUGUCGAUCGUCUCUACCACUCCGAAGCUGUUCUCCUCGAUGACGGACGCGUUCUGGUCUCUGGAUCUGAUCCCGAAGACGUGCGUUUCGUCCAGGAAUACAGAAACGAGGUCUUCAUCCCGCCGUAUCUGAUGGGCUCCCCAACGCAACCGGUCAUCUCCAUCACUGACGCCAACAAGCACGCAGACUGGGCCUCAACCUUCCAAAUCACCACAGACUCACCUAUCAGCAAGAUCUCUCUCAUGGGCGCCACAUCGAGCACGCACGGCAACAGCAUGGGCAUGCGCACCUUCUUCCCAGCCUUCACCUGCGGAGGCGGCACCUGCACCAUCAGCACGCCGCCGGACUCAAAGAUCUGCCCGCCCGGUUGGUUCCAGGUCUUCGCCCUCAACUCGGCCGGUGUGCCCAGCGUGGCCGUGUGGGUUCGCAUUGGCCAAGAUCUCGCGAGCUUGGGCAACUGGCCCAACUACCCUGACUUUACCCUGCCGGGCGUGUAAAUAUUUCCAGCUCUUUCUGCGUAUUAUUCCUAGGCAUAAGCGGUUUCGGACGGAAGGUGGAGCAUAAUCUCUAAUUCUAUCUAAUUCUCACGUGCUUUGUUUCGAAACUGAGGUCCUUUGGCUCUCCACAACCACCAUUUUAGGGCGACUUUUCUUUUUUGAUUGCCAUUUUAACUUGAUACCACCGGCGCAUUUCGCAUGCCUAUUACGCAAAAGCUUUUCAUUAAGAGACUAUUGCAUCGGUGGAAGAGGAGAGAGAGAGAGAGAGUGGAGGAGCAGGUUCAACUGGACACCUUGGCCCAUGGCUUUGCGGGAAAAGGGAAUGGGGAAAGGAGAGGGGUGUUGAGGAGACACAUAUCGCUGUUAUAGGACGUAUGUACCUACAAAUCACGAUAUGCUUCUUCAUGCCUGCCCUGCUCUUUACACACACAAACGACCUUCGAAGUGAUUAC